UCAGCCACGGUCCCAGCCUGCCCCGCGCGAGCCAACGAGAGCCUGCCCGGUGACUCACCUCUGCCGCGCUAAGUCUUCGCAGCUCUUCCUUCAUACGCUCAAGCCCGGCUCGAGAUGGCGGCGGCGGCGGCGGCGGCGGCUGCGGCGGGGGACUCGGACUCCUGGGACGCGGACACGUUCUCUGUGGAGGACCCGGUGCGGAAGGUGGCGGGCGGCGGCACUGCCGGUGGGGACCGCUGGGAAGGCGAGGAUGAGGACGAGGACGUCAAGGAUAACUGGGAUGACGAUGAUGAUGAAAAAAAAGAGGAAGCAGAGGUAAAACCAGAAAUAAAAAUUUCAGAAAAGAAAAAAAUAGCAGAGAAGAUAAAAGAGAAAGAACGACAACAGAAGAAAAGGCAAGAAGAAAUUAAAAAGAGGUUAGAAGAGCCUGAAGAACCUAAAGUGCUAACACCUGAAGAGCAAUUAGCAGAUAAACUUCGACUAAAGAAAUUACAAGAAGAGUCAGACCUUGAAUUAGCAAAAGAAACUUUUGGUGUUAAUAAUACAGUUUAUGGAAUAGAUGCUAUGAACCCAUCUUCAAGAGAUGACUUCACAGAAUUUGGAAAGUUACUAAAAGAUAAAAUUACACAAUAUGAAAAAUCACUAUAUUAUGCCAGCUUUUUGGAAGCUUUAGUUCGAGAUGUCUGUAUUUCCUUGGAAAUUGAUGACUUGAAAAAGAUUACCAAUUCAUUGACUGUGCUUUGCAGUGAAAAACAGAAGCAAGAAAAGCAAAGCAAAGCCAAAAAGAAGAAGAAAGGCGUGGUUCCUGGAGGGGGAUUAAAGGCCACCAUGAAAGACGAUCUGGCAGAUUAUGGUGGUUAUGAUGGAGGAUAUGUACAAGACUAUGAAGACUUCAUGUGACAUUUUAUCUUCUGGUGUCUUCUUUCUGUUGCCCACAAUCCCUUCAACAUGUAGCACAACUUCCUUUCCUUUCAGUUCUGCCAAAUGCUACAGUCAGAAGUGCAGUAUCUUUUGUGCUGGAUAUUUAACCCCUUGACACUUAGGUGCUAAUGUGCAAAUGAGGGAACUUGGAUCUUGUUGCCAAGGGGUUAAAAUUGGGAGCCUCAGUUGCUACUAAAUCAUAGUUUAAAAACAAAUCUAAUAAUGUUGUCAUUGUUGCUAUCUGAUUCCAUAGCAGCAGUCACUAAAUUGGAAACAAAGGUCGCAACAUGACAAAAAAAAUUGGGUAGUAUUUACCAGCACCAUUCAGUAAUACAGCCUUAACCAUACCUCCUUGAACUACUUCAUAACUUGUCAAGAAAAAGCAGUUUGCAACAAGGGCAUGUGGUGUGCACCUAGUAUUAAAAUUGCUUUGUCUUAAAAUUGAACAUGAGGAUAUUAAAAUACAUUGUGAAGAAGACUGCUUAUCUCAGAGUGAAGAUACUGCGGGUGAAAAGUACUAGUUUGAUACUUAAAUUUUAAUGACCAAAACCCUCCCAUCUUUGAAGCGGAAGAAGGUAAAUCUCUCCAAUAUUACAGUGCAAGUUGUGGACUCUCUCAAGUGCAUUGACUGUCUAGUUUUUAUUUAUCAGACUAUUUCUACUGGUGGAGUACUUCAGAUGGGGGAGGGAACUCUGUUUUUAUUUGCCUGAUUCAAGUGUCUGAGAAACAAAUCUCUAUUGUUAUUCUAGGUUGCAAUGGAAAAACUUAACAGGGUUUUGGCAUUUCCUUUCCUUUAUAAAACAUGCUCAGCAAACUGCACCAGUUAACUACAGUUUGGUAAAUUGUUAUGUUAACAAUUAUGACAUCUGCAAUGUUUUAUAAAGCAACUAAUUUAAUAAAAUCACUAUUGUGAGGACUUAAAUUUUGUGUUAUCUCCCAAGAGAUAGUUUUUGAAGACUACAAAAUGCAACUCUUGGGACUAAAAUUUUCUGUAAUACUAAAGCUUAAUCAAUGCUUGAUGUAGUUACAGCUUUAAAACAAGAAUGAUUUGCCAGGUCUUUAGCAGUAUCACUAUAGAGCAACAAGUGUAAGGUCGCCUUUGUCCUUUUUUUUUAUUGGGGAAAUUAUUUUGUUGUUUAGAUACUAAGGCCUAAUUAAUUACCUGCAGAAACUAUUUAUUUGUAGUAAUGGAGCCCCUACUACUUAGGUUUUCAUUGUAAGCAUAAAUUGGGCAGUUUAACCAAAUUUGUGGUUAUUUUUUUGUCCCCUUAAUUGUCACAAGAACAAAAAAAUGUUUCUAAUUUCUCUUCCAUAGGCAAUAGAAACCUCAAACCUCUGUAGACUAAGUGGAAAACAGGACCAUUUAAAAUGACGAGGAAUUAAUAGAAGGCCGUGACUACACAGCAAUAAUUACAGUAAAUACUGUUGAAGGCAGACAAGGGCUAAGAGUUCCUUAGCAGUAACAACGACAUACACUGAAUUUAAAACCUAUUUUAUUAUAGAAAGAUGAGUUUCUAACUAAUAAAAAUGUAUCACCUGUUCCUUAAUUGUGUAAAUAAUAUUAAAUUUCUUUGAACUGGAAUCUGCAGGCACAGGUAUUCUUUAAUCACUGUAUAUCUCCUUCUCAGGCAGAAGCCAUCCCAACAGGAAUUGUUUGAUUUUAGUAUCUCUAUAUAAUAGUAGAGAUAACAAUCACUUCAAAAUAGGAAUUUCCUUAUGAAGUUUAUCCUUCACUGCCUACAGUCACAGAGGACUGGUGUGGUAUAUUCAUGGGCUUUUUCAAUUCAAAUAGGGACAAGGAUCCGAAGACGUUACUCUGUUAUGAUCAUGAACAUCUGCUAUCAGUACAAUAAAGCAAACAGGCACCUUUGAAAUCCUCUAACCUGCAAGCAUAUCUUUCAGACAGCAUCCUGUCUGAGGGUCCUUCAGAAGCACAUUUACAAUUUCAAAAAAUUUGUGUUCAUAUGCCAACUUGUAAUACAGGUAGAUAUCUUCACAAUACGAAAGUAACUUCUUUAGGUUUUCUGUGGCUCUGUCAGUGGGCUGGUGUUGUUUAUAUCUACACAAACAAGAAGGUAAAGGUUAAAUACUGUAUCAGCAAUGAGGGCUAUCAGCUUUGACACUGCUAUCUGUAGAGGUCAGGGUGCUAUUGCCCGGGAAAUUGUCAUGUACUAAAAUUGGCUUUUGAUGAAUUUGUUUCAUUAGAAAUAAGUACGACAGUGUUCACUGUAAUCAGAAUAAAUUUAAUACUGCAAAAGGCACUUCCUUAGGAUUUC